CUAUUUAAUUCAUGUUCAGAUAAAAAGCAGUUGACAUUCACAUGCAUCGUCUCCCUUUCAAAGAUGUCACCGCCAUGACUGUUUUCUUUCCCUUUCAAAACCUCACAAGAAAACCAUCAGAAAUACCUACUUCCUUUCUUUUUCCCUUUCUUCUGCAACAAUAUCCACAACACAUCAUAAAAAAAAAUCUCCCAAAACCCAAUUCAAGAAAACAACAACAAUUCGCCCAAAAGCCAUUCAAGAUUCAGUUAUACCUAGCCUUCAUGGCUCAAGAACAUGAUCAAGAACCAAAAAAGCUUAAGUUCCCAUUAGACUCAAGCUCCUACAAAAUCUUGGACGAGAUUGGUGUUGGUGUUAGUGCCAUAGUUUACAAAGCAAUAUGUACCCCCAUGAACUCUACAGUGGUUGCCAUCAAAUCUAUCGAUCUUGAUCAAUCUCGAGCAGAUUUCGACAACGUUAGAUGGGAAAUCAAGACCAUGUCCCUUCUUUCACACCCAAACAUCCUCAAAGCCCAUUGCUCCUUUACCGUUGGUCGCCGCCUUUGGGUCGUUAUGCCUUUCAUGUCUGCUGGUUCUCUUCAAUCCAUAAUUUCCUCAUCUUUCCCCGACGGCCUAUCAGAGCCAUGCAUUGCUGUAGUUCUCAAAGCAACCCUAAACGCACUGUCGUAUCUUCACAACCAAGGCCACUUGCACAGAGAUAUCAAGGCAGGCAACAUUCUCAUAGACUCAAACGGACACGUUAAGCUCGCAGACUUUGGUGUAUCAGCCUCGAUUUACGAGUCGAAUACUGGAAGAGGCUGGGCUUCGUCGUCGUGCUCAUCGAGAUUGAUGCUCACAGAUGUUGCGGGGACCCCAUAUUGGAUGGCACCUGAGGUUAUACACUCCCACACAGGGUAUAGUUUUAAAGCUGAUAUAUGGUCUUUUGGUAUCACUGCAUUGGAACUAGCCCAUGGUCGGCCUCCUUUGUCUCACCUUCCUCUUUCCAAGUCUUUGAUCAUGAAGAUAACAAAGCGGUUUCGGUUCUCUGAUUAUGAGAAGCACAAGAAAGAUCAUGGCAAGAAGUUCUCUAAAGCUUUUAAAGAUAUGGUUGCUUCUUGUCUUGAUCAAGAUCCAUCAAAGAGGCCCUCCGCUGAGAAGCUGUUAAAGCAUCCUUUCUUCAAGAACUGUAGGGGCUUGGAUUUUUUAGUCAAGAACGUCUUGCAUGGGUUGCCUAGUGUUGAAGAAAGAUUCAAAGAAAGUAAGGUUUUACAUGGAAUAAGUACAGGUAGUGAUAAUGGAGAAGAAGAAGAGGGUACUGAGGGGAAAACAGGGAGUGAAAUUGUGAAGAUCAGAAGGAUCAGUGGCUGGAACUUUAACGAGGAGGGAUUCGAGCUUGACCCAGUAUUCCCUACAGAGUCAAAAGACGAUUCAAUUGUGAAACAGGUUCGUUUCGGAGGUGAAACCAUCAUUCGUGAUAGGAAAAUUGAGCUGGGUGAGUCGGGUGAUUCAGUAGAGUCAAGUGGGAGAAGUUCACCCGGCCUCAUAGCAGAGGAGACCAAGGUGAACGCUCAUGGUGAAAAUGAGAAGGAAGACAAAGGAAUUGAUAAGGAGACAAUGGUAGGAGGCUUAAUGGUAUUAAAAAAAAGUUUGGACGAGCAAAGGCAGAACGUUGCGAACCUAAUUGGGAUGUUAGGAGGGGAAGUGUCUGGAGAGGAACAAUUAGUGCAAGUGAUUGAGAGGCUAAGAAUGGAGUUGGAAAGUGAGAAGCAAAAGAACUUUGAUUUAGAGAUGGAAUUAGAGUUUAACAAGCAUCUAAUUUCUGGUGCGUAUAACGGUUGUGACACUGAAUGAUAGUUUUUCUGUGUUUGAUUUUCCUUUA